AUGGCCAAAUCUGCUCGGGCCUCCGUGGUCAAGAAGAACCAUCGCAACCUGCGCGCCAAGGUGUAUGGUCCCGCCUCGGAUGCCCGCACAGCCAGACUGUCUGCAAAACUCCAAGAGCUGGCAGCGAAACCAAAACCAGAGACGGAGAAGGUCAUGGACGUGGACGACAAAGCUGGGUCAGCUGCAGGAGGCCAGCCUCACAGGAGCAGCUCCGAAGUAAUGGAUGUCGAUGCACAAGGGCCGAGCAUGAAGCCGGUCAAGUCUUCCACGGCUAGCAGCCGGGUCAAUCACAAAGUGCGCAAAGUCUCCAAGAGGAACUCCAAGAACUCGGUCGUUUUCGCAUCAGAAAUCGCCCGGAAGAAGAAAAUAGCAAGGAACAAGGCCAAGCGAUGA